AUGGGGUCAUUCAAUAAAUUGACUGCACUUAUCGAUGUAUUUACGACUAAAGAUAAGUGCUGGCCAUAUGUUCAAUAUUAUAUUGGAGAUAAAGACAAGCACCAAAGGAGCGGAUUUGGAGAGAAUCAUUGGAGUGGUGCAAUAUCUCUUGAAUGCUAUAUAGGCCGGUUUGUACAAAAUACAAUGCAUGGAAUGGGCGAAUAUAAAUGGCAGCAUCAAGGUCCGAAUGAUAUAUUUGCUAGCUACGAAGGAUAUUUUUACGCCAAUACAAUGCAUGGUUACGGCACUAUGUCAUAUGCAGACGGAAGAGUUUUUAGUGGAUUAUAUUAUAACAAUAUGCGUUGGGGGCCAGGUAUUGAAUCCCAUAUUAAUUUACAAGAAAACGUGGGAUUGUGGCGGGGGAGUCAGUUGAUUCGUUUGGCCUGGCGACCACAAGCACCAAGCAUCACCCUAGACCUGACCUCGGCCGCUAAUGGAAAAGAUUUCGUUGAAUCGUAUCGCACUAUGCUCCUACCAAAACCAAGUACAGUUGAUGAAAUAAAUAGUGCUGUAGACUUAUUGAAGGAUUCCGGGUGUGACCCGUUGCUGGCGUCAAAAAUAUGGCAUAAAUUAUAUCCUAAAAAUUGCACCAACGUGAAAAGUGCUGCUUGUAAUAUUCAACUGUUUGAACGUAAUUACUAUACUGAAGGCUGUUACUCUUUAGAAGAAUUACACAAAUGGAAUGAUGAGAUAACAGACGCAGAACCAAAUCUAGAAAUCCAUUACGCUUGGAAUAAUAGUAAAACAAUUUUGCACAUUAUGAAGCAUUGUUAUAGACAUGAAAAUCAAAGAUCGACUUAUAACAUAAAUAUAGCGGGCAUACUAAGUGGACAAAGAUUUUUGUUUAAAUCUCCCGGAAUACACGAAUUAAAUUGCAGGACGCUUCUGAUGGCCUCUUAUCUCGGAUACCUUUCCAAAGUAGCUCAACUUAUAAUGGAGAGCAACGUGCAUCCAGAUGUAGCAGACUGCCAAGGGAAUUCAACCAUUAUGUACGCAACUGCCGGUGAACAAGUUGAGAUAAUCCAAUUUUUGGUGGAGGCUGGCGCUGACAUAAAUUGUUAUAAUGACUCAUGUUGUACGCCGCUUGGUUUAGCUUUGAUGAAACUGCUAUAUGUCCAAAAUGAUAUACCCAUAUCCACAAUAGUUCAGUCUUUAUUACCACCAACUUCUACUCAACAGUCGUAUAAAAUAGAAAAUGUGUCUGAAUGGAAUAUUGUGAGAGAGACACCUGCUCUCAGCCCUGGUCGACCUUUUACAAGAUCUCCAAGUAAAGUCAAAGCACCAAACACGAAAAAGCUUAAGUCUUCUAUUUCACUAAAGGACGCACCGAAAAGGAAACAAGAAUUAUUGUUUGAAAAAGAAAUAAACUCCGACACUAACUCUUUUGAGUCAUUUUCUGAUAGCGAAAGACUUUAUACCAGUAUAAACAGUGAAUUUAUAAUGAAGAUAGAUGAUUUAUUCCAACAAACAACCAACAAUAUUCCAUCCUAUCUUUUCGAAGUGCAUGAUAUGGUCAAAGAAGUAAUUGAAAACGAUGAAGAUCAUAAAAAAGCGACAGAGAAAAAUCCAAAGAAAGCAUUAUCUAAGGAAUAUAAAGUCAAAACGAAAUUAAGUAAAGAAUUGUUUCCGCAAAUAGUUGAAGAUUCUUCAUCUAUCACUAGCGCGGAUAAAGCUAAAAAGGAGACUUUAGAUAGAAUUAAGCUUACUAUACUCCAGUUAUGUGAUAAUGGUGCGGAUCCUUGCUUAGUGAACUGUCCCCAGCCAUCCCUGGUAAUGGCGAUACUCGCUAGUUGUCCGGAAAUAAUUUCUGAGCUUGUAAGCCGAGGAGCUGAUAUAAAUAUGAACUAUUCCAAUUUUAGAAAUUACACCGCCUUAGACUUGGCAAUUUCACUUCCAUUUACAUUUGUGAAUUUAGAAAUGAUUCGUACCAUUAUGAAAGCCGGCGGAAAGGCAAACCAUUUACUGCAAAGUAUGGAGUAUCCAGAAUACGAUAAUAAUGGACCGACAUUGUUACACGUUGUUCUUUCAAAGACCACAGAAAGUGAUAUUGAGGAAGAGAUACGUGGUCAUAUUAUAGCGCUCCUUCUAGAGCAUGACUGUGAUCCAACCAUUCAGUUCAAAGGGAGGUCACCUAUGGACAUUGCCCUUUCAAAGAGUUUGGAUAUUUUUGAUAUAUUUGUAAAAUCCCCGAAGACCAACCUUAAUACUGUUAUUAAUAAUAGCAAUCAAAAUGUUCUAGUGAAGUUGUUUGUCGCAAAUUUUUGUAAUACUUUAUCAUUGACGGAUAGAUUACAGAUCUUAACGAAUUUAAUGCAACGAGGCGCGAAUCCAUUGCUGGAAUGUUACAAUGGCUCUGAAAAAUAUCAGAAUUUAUUUGUUUUUGCAAAUAAAAUAAUGGAAAAUUUUGAAUCGCAGCCGAAACAGCACGAUACAAAAACGAAGAAAGCUGAUAAACCCAAGAAAGAGGACAAGCUAGCUAGUAAAUCUUUAGGAAAAUUAACCUCUGACGAAGUUGAAGAUUACAAACAAGCACUACAGUUGGUUAAGGAAUACGCCAAAUAUUUACAUAUCACGUGGAUACAGAUAAAACUGGUUAAGGAAUUGUCAGACAUAGUCCAAAGAUAUAAACACCGACACUGGAGCAUGAUCAUUAAGGAACAUAAAAAUUGGAAACAAAUGAAAUUAUCGGUAACAACACGAAGAUGUUUGGAGAUAUGGAACCUUUUAAGAAGUAGUCAGAAAUUUGUAAAUGGGAAGAAUAUUUUAAAAAACCUUUUGUGCAUUGUUGAAUUUUAUAAUGUUACGCCAUUUGGAAAAUCGUUAACAAAAAUUACGGCGGAAUUAAAAGACAGCGUAGAAAAACAAGUUAAAGGAAUUCUACAUGAACAAGAACUUAGUAAAGUGAUGUCAGAUUCCACGUUGUCUUAUGUUGCAUUUGAGCUGAAGAAAGAUGCAGAUCAAUGUUUCAAGGUCUGUUUUGAAUGUGCAAUGCCAUUUCAAGUUGAAAGAAUCGAAUGUUCAUGUUGUAAACUUGUUUCAUUCUGUUGCGAAAAUUGUGUCAAAGUAAACGAAGAAUGCAUUAAUUAUCACCCUUGUAUUGCUAUUUUGAAGAAGUAA